AUGACAAAACAGGGGACCAAUGAGGCCGUCAAUUUUUUUGAAAUCUCUCCUGUUACAGCACUCUCCGUCUUGCUCCUACAUCACGUGAUAUCGUCCUCUGGUCGGACGAUCACACAAACAAAGGGACCUACAGGUCCCAAAGAAGCUACUAAACUAACUAAACUCCCAUCAUUUCAAAUACCCAAUGCGAAAAGCAUCGUCGAUAUGAUACUACCUCUGCUUCGCAAAUCUCAGAACGCAGAUGCACGCUCCGGACACGAUAAACAGACAGAUAAAGAAGUGAUAAAUGAUGAAAAUGACGAUCGUUUUGUAGAAAUACUACCGUUGAAUUCGAAUAUAAAAAGCAAAGGCGGAAAAGCACCUUUGGCAUUAAUAUUAGCAACCACAAACGAAGAUAACAGGAACGUAAAUGAUCCUGAUCAUAUUAAGCAAGUGAACUCUCAUUAUAAGGAUUCUGAUGAGGAAAACAGCAACGUGGAAGAGCAUCUCAAUGAAAAAACUAUUGAUUUAAUUAAAAACGAUGAAACUGAUAUAACAAAUAACAGCGAUAGUGAAAGUAGAAACAAUUACGAAUUAGAAAAAGAAACUGAUAAAUCUGAUGUUGAUAUUUUAGAUUCUGAACAUAGACUUUCAAACAAUAUUAACGAUACAGACGUAGUAAAAAGUAAUUUUAAUAAAGACGUAAUACAAUGGGCAGAUCGUAUAAAGACAUCUUCUAACGAUGUUAAUAAAUCAACAAAUGAAAAUGAACGGGAAGAUCGGCCGUUUAGUGAAACUGAAGUAGAAGAGUCCGAUAGUUUAGAGGACGACACACCAUUGUCAUAUAAAGAGAGUGAAAGUGCAGUAAGUAGAAGUGAGGAGAAUACGAUUUGGCAAAAUGUAGACAAAGAAUUAUUAAAAAUUAUACCUGGCAACCUACGAGAUCUAACAAACGAUUACUCUAAUGAAGAACUGAGUGAAAAUGACGAUCUAAAUCAAAUAAGUUUAAAAGUUUUUAGUAGAUCUGGAAAUCUAUCAGAAUCGGACGUAAAUAAAGAUGAUGAAGAUUCGUCUAAAGAAAUGAAACCAAAUGUUGAAACUAAAGAAACAUUGGAAUUGUUUCAAAACGAAUUUAAAACCAAUGACAAAAAUGUAGUAAAUUCUAUUGAAACUAACAGAGCGGGACAGACAGUUACAAAAGAGGAUUGCGAUGACAAUGAUGAAUCUAAAGAAAGUAAUAAUGAAACGCACAAAUCUUACAAUUUAUCAUUCGUGUUCAGCAGAUAAAAAAUAAUCAUACAUAUUGUAG